UUUCGAUGCUUCCGACAAACACAAGUGCCGUUUACUUUGCUUGACUCCAGACCUCUUCUUUGACGACGACAUAACCAUCUGCUGACCGAUCAGCCAGGGAUCACAAAUGGGCUCCACCAGACAUCGCAUACAUUCUCGCAACUCCACCCGACCAGCAGCACAACAGUGUUGCCCUAACAAUAUUGAUUGAAUAGCUUGUGUACCCCACACUCCACCGAAAAAUCAAAAUGCCCAUUGCCAAGACCUUUGAACCGUUUGUGUGCGGUGGCUCUGCUGCUACCUUUGCUUCGGUAGUGAUUCACCCGAUGGAUCUGGCCAAGGUGCGAAUGCAGCUUUACGGACAGUUAAAUCCUGGCAAACCGGUUCCCUCCUUUGUGACCAUUAUCAGCAACUCGGUCAAGGAAGGUGGCAUUGGUGCCGUUUACAAGGGAGUUGAUGCCGCCAUUGGACGCCAGCUGGUCUACGGGACGGCCCGUAUUGGAUUGCAUCGGAACUUUUCUGAUAUGCUGGUUGCAAGGAAUGAUGGCAAACCCAUUAAUUUCCUACAGAAGGCACUCUCAGGAAUGGCCAGUGGAUCCAUUGCUGUCUGCAUUGGAACUCCCUUUGAUAUUGCACUCGUGCGAUUGCAAGCCGAUGGAAUGGCUGAUCCCAAAGAUCGUCGCAACUACAAAAAUGUCUUUGAUGCCCUCAUACGAACCAGCACCGAAGAAGGAGUCGGGGCUCUCUACAAGGGACUCUUGCCCAAUAUUUUGCGAGGCAUGUCCAUGAAUGUUGGUAUGAUGGCCUGCUACGAUCAAGCCAAGGAAACCGUGGCGGCAUUGCUCAACGACCCAAUGACCGAUGGACCGUCUCUUCCCACGCGAUUGGGGGCAUCAGCCACGGCGGGAUUUACAGCAGCACUCUUUUCUCUUCCCUUUGAUCUUGUCAAGAGCCGAUUGAUGGCACAAAAGCCCGAUCCAAUUUCAGGAGAGAUGCCCUACAAGGGAAUUCUAGACUGUGCCAUGCAGAUUGCGAAAAAGGAGGGGCCAAAAGGAUUUUUCAGUGGUUUCUCAGCCUAUUACGCUCGUUGUGCCCCACAUGCCAUGAUCAUUUUGCUGUCCAUUGAAUCCAUUACCAAUGCCUAUCGAAAGACAUUUUACUAGAAAGCGGAGACUUGUUCAUUUCUUUUUUCAAACAAUCUGAGACAUUUUUGACGACAAUACUCACACAACGGAAGCAAAGGAAUGCUCACAGCAGCUGGUAUUAUACUGUAGCGCAAUUGCACAAAUAACACACUUUUUUGCACAGUUGACUAAACUACCGUAAGGUUCAUCUCUUCUUUG